AUGAAGAGCUUGCGAUCCGUUGCGGGGGCGUCGGGAGUGCCGCGGCCGACUCUUCCUCUGCUUCCCUUCGCCCUGCAGACCAGGAAUGCCACCGCCGGAAGCAGCCUGCUGCGAACGAUGAGCGCUGCGCAUUUCACCUCAUCGACGCAAUUUGCCUCCCGCCCCCUCUCCAUCUUCAGCAAACGGCAGCUCCACUCGAGCGGUCCCGUCAGCCAAGAGUCGGCUUCGCAGAGCGCGGAGGUGCCCGCCCCCACUCCCUCCUACAUUGUCCCGGAGAGCUUCGCCGUUGUCUACGUCGGCGGCAGGCAGUACAAAGUCAGCAAGGGCGACACCAUCAUCACGGAAAGGCUCCUGGUCGACGUCGGCGAGACGAUUCACUUGAAGAAGGUGCUCAUGGUGGGCAGCCAGAACUUCACGGCCAUCGGCCAGCCGCUGCUCACCGAGGCCGUCGUCGAAGCCGUCGUCGAAGAGCAGACGCGCGCGGCCAAGGUCGUCGUCUUCAAGUUCAAGCGUAGGAAGAACCACCGCAGGACGCGCGGUCAUCGCCAGGACAUCACCGUCCUCCGGAUCAGCAACGUCAAGCUGGGCUACGAGCAGGCCGCGCCCGACGCCACCACCGGCCUCUCGACCGUGUUCGGUCCCACCGUGCCCGCGUCGGCUGUCCUGCCUCCGCGAGCGAGCGACGACCUCAAGGAAUCGAUUCUCUCCUAA